UCAGCAGACCGGCUCUUGGGGACUCCUGACCUGGUGCUUCAACUGGCCAUACCAAGAGACAGGUCAGCCAGGCAGGUGGCUGCUCAAGUCCUCCUGGAGAAGGAGAGCCCACCUGGGAGCCAGUAGUCAGGGGUGUGACUGGGACCUUCGCACCAAGGUGGGUCCGCAGUUGACUGUGGAGUGUGUGCCAGGGGGCAGGGGUGGGCAAGGUGCAGGAGUCCAGGAACCAGGUGUCUGUGUGGAGAGGGGCUGGGUGCCAAGAUCUGCGGGGACAAGUGGCAGGUGCCCAGCCUACAGCCAUCAGCCCCAGCCCUGGAAGGACACCCGGAACCCAGCCUGUGUCCCCUUCGGCCACACUAGGAAUGGCCAAACACCACCAGGCCCUGCUGCUCCUGGUGGCAACUGUGGUGGCCCUUGUGUGCACAAGGGUGCAAGCCUGGGGCUCCGUGAAAGUGGUGAGAGAAUUUCAAGACAUCUCCUCAAGCUAUGUGUACGUGCAGCAGGCCCUCUGGUUCGCCAUGCAGGAGUACAACAAGGCCAGCAACGAUAAGUACUUCUUCAAGGUGAUGGAGACUCUCAAGACUCAGGAGCAGGUCACAGAUAGUUUGGACUACCUUCUUGAAGUUAAGAUUGCCCGAACGAUGUGCAAGAAAAUUUCAGGAGAAAACGAAAACUGCUUGUUCCAACAGGAUCCCCAAAUGCAAAAGAUGCUUUUUUGCACCUUUAUUGUGAGCUCCAAACCGUGGAAAUUCGAACUCAAUGUGGUGAAGCAAAAGUGCCGAGACAUCUAACUGUCUCCCUGCGUGUUCCGCCACACUCACUCCCACUACAGAGAAGUGAUGGCCCAUGAAAGACCUUGGAACAACUUCACUCAGCAUGUUCUGCAGGCCUAAUGUGUGGCCUUUGCACGGGACGGGCAGACUCACUCUGUGCAGAAAAAGGUGUCACAUCUUUAAGGAGGAACAACUUGCUGCUGCCAAUAAAUGAAAUUGCUUAUACACCUUACCCAA